AUGGCAGCCGGCUCGGCGUUUCGCGUGGCGGUGCUCGCAGCCGUCCUGCUGGUCCCUUUCCUCGGCCCGCCGGCCGUGGAGGCGCAGCUCGGGCAGGUGAGGAAGUACUGCGGCAGCCAGUUCGCCCUCGCCAGCCAGGCGUGCGCCAUCCUCCCGCCCACCAGCCCGGAGCACCGCCACCAGGACGACGAGGAUGAUGACGACGACGACGAGGACGAGGACGAGGACGAGGAUGAGGACGACGAUGAAGACGACAAGGGGGGCGGCGGCGGUGGAGGCGACAAGGGGGGUGGCGGCGGUGGAGGCGGAGGAGGAGGUGGGGGCGGGGGAGGUGAUGAUAGUGGUGGCGGCGGCGGCGGUGGCAACGCGACGUCGCUGAUCACGGCCGACCCUGAUGUGCUCCACGUGGCUGUAGCCCGCAACGGCACUGUCCGUGCCGGCCACCGUCGCACUAGGCGGACUCGUCGCAGGCGCCGCCACCACCACCGCCGUCGUCGCCGCCGCCGCGGACGCCACGUGGGCGAGGGGGAGGACGAAGGCGAGGGCGGCGAGGACGAGGACGAGGAUGAGGACGAGGACGACGAGAAGGACGACGACGACGAGGACGAGGACGAGGACGAGGACGAUGACGACGAUGACGACGACGACGAUGAGGAGGACGAGCACCGCGCGUACCGGGACUGCUGCCGGUGGCUGAAGGAGGUGGAGCCCGGGUGCGUGUGCGAGUCGCUGCUCCACCUGCCCAUGUUCCUCGUCAAGCCGCAGCACAAGUACACCGUCCGGGUCGGCAAGACCUGCGAGAUCACCUACCGCUGCGGCGGCGGCCGCGCCAUGUAGCAAGCAUGCACGCACGCGCGCGCGAGGAGGAAGAGGAGCCAAGUCACAGACUGGUUAUCUACAGCUACGUACACCGAUCCUACUUCAGAAUCCUUACUGGUAAGUAAGUGCGGCAUAGCAAGUAAUCAAGGAUGCCGCCUCGUAUGAUCUUUUGCCGUGUUACCACGGGUUUGCCAUCGGCGUUUUACUGCGUAUAUACCACGGCCUCGUUUGGGCUAAGCAGAUGUGGUGUAUACGCUUAGCAGUUUUAUGUGACAACAUUGUGUGUGUACCUAUAGAUAUGGUGUGCGUGUGUGUGUGUUGUACUUGUACUCGAGCACCCGAUAUGUUUGGAGACCAUGCAUGCAAAGCUCGGGUACUCAAUAUAGGUUGCCGUAUAGCAAAGUAGAAAUAAGAAAAAUGUAACUGUAACUGUAACUGUAAUCGUGCUACUCUGUCUAAUUUUAGGCUGUCUGCAAGAUAUGCAAUACAAAUGUCAUUCGUACGUA